UCCUGCUGGACAUCCCCCCCAUGCUGCCGGUGCUGGACGGAGUCGUCAUGGAGCUACAGGACUGCGCCCUCCCUCUGCUGAGGGAGGUCAUCCCCACUGACAAGGUGGAGGUGGGCUUCAAGGACAUCGAUGCUGCCAUCUUGGUGGGCUCCAUGCCCAGGAAGGAGGGAAUGGAGAGGAAGGACCUCCUGAAAGCCAAUGUGGCCAUCUUUAAGACGCAGGGACAAGCUCUGGACAAGUACGCCAAGAAGACUGUGAAGGUGUGAAACCUCCAACCAUCAGUUUUUCUGU